GCAGGAUUUGGAGGAGCUCUUGGAGAUGCUUCACGACAAGGAAGUCCGUCUGCCAUCGGGAAUCCUGAGGAGAGGAGCUGGCGGUGGCGGUGGCACAGAGGGGACGGGCCGGCCCGGGCGGAGCGGCGAGGGUGACAGCGUGCGGGACUUGGCUAUGGUGGCGGCGUGGCCCAUGGCCGGGGCUCUCAUCGGCGGCGUCGUGGCCGGGCCCCUCGGCUUUCUCACCGGACUCAAAGUGGCCGCCAUCGCGGCCGUCAUCAGCGGAAGCCUCAUCGGCUUCACGGGCGGAACGAUCAUCCAGAAGUGGAAGGAGCGGCGGCGCGAAAGGCGGCGGCAGGAGCGGUGA